UUUCCUGGACUGAGACAAUUUGUUAAAAAGUAUGUGUUACACUGCUUAGUUUGUUUAGCACAUAAAAAGGUACCUAGAACGUCAUCUCAACCUAUCGAAUCUUGGACAAAACCGGACGUACCCUUCGGCGUCAUUCACACGGAUGUUUUGGGACCUCUUCCCGAAUCUAAUGGAUUCAAAUAUAUUUUGAUCGUAGUAGACGCUUUUUCCAAGUACUGUUUACUGUACUCUCUAUAUCGACAAGAUGCUGAGGAAUUAAAGCGCGUUUUCUCAAAUGUAGUUUCCUUAUUUGGCAGCCCUGCCAUGAUAGUGUGUGACAGGGGUAGAAUGUUCGAAAGUGCAGCUUUUCAUAAUUGGGUACAAGACAUGGGAUCCACAGUGCAUUAUAUUACUCCUGAAAUGCAUCGUGAGAAUGGACAGGCUGAAAGAUACUGUCGCACUGUUCUAAAUAUGUUACGGGUAGAAGUGAGGAGUAAGGGCACUAAAUGGUCAGAUGCUUUAUGGAAGGUUCAGCUUGUAUUAAAUAUAACGAAACAUGCUACUACCCAAACUUCAGCACUACAACUUUUAGUAGGCAUAGAGGCGGCAACGCCUGUUAUUAGGUCGCUUAUUAGGGAUGUCGCAUUAGAGAACACAAGUCCGAACCGAGAAGCCCUCCUAAGUUUGCGAAGGCAAAGGGCAUCUGAGCUAUUAAUAGCCAAUCAACAGCGCCAAGACGCUUAUGUCAACGAGCGUCGACGGCAACCACAUAAAUACGCCGUCGGAGACUUUGUUUUUGUAAGCAAGACAUCGCAGAGUACUGGAAAGCUGGAUUCCGGAAUGCGCGGCCCGUAUAAGGUUUUACGGGCACUGGCGCAUCACCGCUACGAAUUGGAGCUGCUGGCCGGAUCCUACGGCAAGAAGACCCAGGCAGCCGCCGAGCACAUGGUCUUGUGGCGCGGCGAGUGGACUCCAGAGACUUGCGAGGCAUUCUUCGAGGGUGAUGAUAACCAUGGAGCCGAAGAUGGAGAAGAGCCUGGUGAGGGUCAGCCUCAGGCUGCACCUCAGGGCUCUGAGAUUCAGCUUCCUGCAGACCAGGGCUGUGAUGACCAGCCUUUAGCGGGUCCGAGCUGCGUGGACCAGUCUUCGGGCGUCGGCGAGGCCACGCUGCGUUCGGAAGAGGCCGUGGCUGAUGCGGAGCAGGCAGCGGUCGAGGACGCCGCAUCAUCAGGAACGGCCGUCUUAGAGAUGGCAUCCACUACGUGACCGUGACGUCAUAUCUUUCGAUCCGCUCGUUGCCGUGUUAGAGU